CCAAUUAGGUCCGGUUUUAGGUGCUACUAUAAAAUCCACUACAAGGGUGAGACCCGUAUCAUUCAGAUACAGUAGUCUGAAAUCAAUACAACCAUGUUCAAACUGAUGGUAUUCGCUGCCCUCGUGGCUUUUGCCGCCGCCAAGCCUAGCCUCAUCGCUCCAGUGGCGUUCAGCUCCCCUCUGACCUAUUCCGCCCCGGCCCUGGCAGCCUACCCCGCCCCAGCCUACGCCGCCCCAGCCGUCGCCGCCCCAGCUCUCGCUGCCCCAGCUUACGCCACCUACUCUGCACCAGCUAUCUCCUAUUCGGCCUACUCUCCCCUGGCCUACUCUAGCUACUCUCCCCUGGCCUACUCUGGAUACGGUUACUCUGGACUGACCGCCUAUGGAGCUGGUUAUGACUACGGCUACAGCGGCUACCCUUACCUGUGGAAGAAGAAGUGAAUAACGACAAUUUAAAGGAAUAUAGGUACACGAAAUUUCACAUGAAAAUGUAAUAAAUUAAUUCUCCAUUA